AUGAAAGAGGUCAUCAAUUUGGCAGGGCCGACCGUGACGUUCGUGGACAGCCCAAUCCCUGAGCCAAAUGAUGACCAGGUGCUCAUCAAAGUAGUCGUAUCUGGGUCCGAUCCAAAGGACUGGAAGGUUCCGGACCUUGCAGCUUCUGGGGACACAAUUCCCGGCAUGACGCCUGAGAUCAGAAAAGGAGUGAACCAGGGGGACGAUAUUGCUGGAAUCAUUGAAAAGGUCGGGUGCAAUGUGGUUGAAUUCAAACCGGGCGAUCGCGUUGCAGCCUUUCAUGGAAGGUGUCCUGGUGGCUCGUAUGCUGAGUACGCUGUUGCAUGGAGUCACACAACGUUCCACUUGCCAGCGCACACAUCAUUCGAAGAAGCCGCAACAAUCCCACUUGCUGCCUUGACCGCUGCUGUUUCCUUGUAUGCGCACCACCGCUUCCCACCUCCAUGGGCGCCGGCAAUGGAACCGAUCCCAUUCAUCGUCUAUGGCGCGAGCACGGCUGUCGGUUCUUUUGCUAUAAAACUGGCAUGCAACAGUAACAUACACCCUAUUAUUGCUAUUGCGGGACAAGGCUCGCAUUAUGUCCAAAGCUUACUGGAUCGAAGCAAAGGAGAUAUCGUGAUUGACCAUCGUGAAGGUGUGGAGACAAUGGCCCAGAAGAUCAGAGGCGGUCUUAAACAAGGAGGCCACUCUAAUGCGCAGCAUGCACUUGAUGCUGUUAUCAUUCGCCAAAGCGCAGAUAUUUUGAGGCAAUUUAUCGCUCCAGGUGGGAAGAUUGAUUUCUUACUUCCUAACGACCUUGACGUCUCUCCAGCGAAGAAAUUUAUUACUAUAGUAGGGUCGGUACAAAAGCAUCCUGAAUUUGAGAACAAUGAGGAGCUUGGCUUUAUUUUUUCCAGGUAUUUUACGAGAGCGUUGAGUAUGGGCAGUUUCUCGGGCCAUCCUUUCCAGGUCAGACCACGGGGCCUUGAGGGGGUCGAAGAGGCGCUAAGGGACUUGAAGGCCGGAAAAGCAAGCGCGACCAAGUAUAUUUUCCGAAUCGCGGACACAGCAGGGAUUGCAUAG